GUGGCAGUAGCUCACCACAAUCUCUUUACCCAGAGAGAGAAAAACACGGAGAAGAAGAACGUGCAACGUUAGUUGGCAUAAACCAAACAGCUAGCGUUAUCUUGUAUAGAUUUAGCAACCCACCAAGACAAAUUCAUCAAAGAACAUUUCAUACCUGCGAACACACCAAACCCCACUUUAGGUUUCAUAUUCUGAAGGUCACAUUUCAUCUGGUACAGUAACACUGUAACACUACUGGCAGUCCUGUGACCCAAGAAAAUAAUGUGCUGCAGCUGAAGAUGGGUGGUAGCGGCUCCAAAUCCAAAGGAUUUUGGCCUUUUUCUGGCUCAGGUAGUACGGACGAUCCAACCAAAGAUGGAAACGAGCAGUCAAUGGCAAGAGUUCGAAGUUUCCCAAGUGCAACACCUUUUGUGUUAACUAGACGAAGCUCUAUGUACUUUGAUGAAGAUGGCGACCUGGCCCAUGAGUUCUAUGAAGAGGCAAUUGUGACAAAAAAUGGACGUAAAAAAGCCAAGCUGAAGAGGAUUCAAAAAAACCUAACACCUCAGGGAAUUAUAAAGCUGGACAUCCCUUGCAUCCAUGUAGAUUUCCCAGUUGUCCUCUGUGAAGCCUGAUGAUGUCUGAGCAGUGUCUCAGACUAGCCACUGUGUCAACUCCGUCCUGUGGUUUCCCCUACAGCUGGAAGCCUGAACCACCUUUUAAAAUAACAUGAUCUCUUGAUAUAUGUGAUGCCCUUAUGUGGACAGGCUGAUGCAAUGUGUGCUGAGCCUCUGCAUGUGAUCUGUUUUGGCUUGUGUGCGGUUAGACACAGAAUAGGUCACCAAUGGAGAUCUAGAAGGGUGCCUAUUUGGCAAAACCUGCUCAGUUUACAGAUCAUGGUUUGUGUGCAUGUAAGUGUGAAUGUGUGUGCAGACAGAGUCCUGACUUUACUGCAGCAGAUUGUUUUCUGGUAUGAUUCAUAGAACUUUAGGAGUUAGAGGAGAAUGUAACCAGUUCUUCCCUCUGUCACGAUCAUAUCUAGAGUGGGAACGUUUUGAGUGCACACUUGUUUUUUGACACCAACAUGACUUGCUUUAUUAUGCAAAGAACAGGAUUUGCUUAUCGAUAAUAGCCUAGGGAGUUGACAAUCAGUGGCCCACAAAAUCUGAAGUGGAUUAAUGUCAUAUUAUAAUGUUGGAUUGACUGGCUUCAAUGACCUCAGAGCCAAACCUGUACACAGCAGCAGUGAGUCUAGUAAGAGAUCCUGUUGUUUCGUUUGCUGCUUUGGCAUACUAUGUUUCACUUUUAAUUUAUUAUAACUGUUUUUUUUAAUUACAAUAUCAAAUACUCAA